AUGAUUGAUGUUGUUGAAGAAGAAAAGAAAAUGGAAGAGGAAGAAGAGAAUCGUAGGCACUAUGAUGCCCAGAAGAUAAACAAUCGGGUUAUUAAGAUUCUUGCUUGCAAGGGAAACGUCCUGUAUUCUAUAGAUGCUCAUAAGAAUUUAGGAGUACUAUGUGGGACUGUUGAGAUUGUCGAUUACCCAUUCUACAACAAAAACAAGUAUAAGAAGAAGUAUGAGGUUGCCCUCGGUGUUCUGGGUUCUUGUAAUGGCUUAGUUUGCAUACGUCCAAAGCCAAACCUAUUUUGCUUUUGGAAUCCGUCAACUAAACAGCACAAGAUCGUACACAAGGUACAACUGGUUAAUGAAAAUCAACAACCCCAAACGCCACUAUCCUGGUGUAUAUAUGGAUUCGGUUAUGACCUCAAGACUCAGGAUUACAAGUUGGUGAGGUUUGAAAGCUUUGAGGAUAGAACUCGUGGCACUCAAAUCAAGGUCUAUUCAUUAGCAUCAAAUUCGUGGAGUACUACUCUACAUAACAUUCCAUAUACACUCCCCUACCGUUCAAGGCCAACACCAUGGUACUUCAAUGGAGCUCUGCAUCUGUUAACAGACGACUCCAAAGUUUUACUUUCUUUUGAUCUUGGAGAUGAGACAAUCCGUGAAGUUCAGGGACCAGUUUGGAAUAAUUUUUUCGAUAACAACAGGUACCGUAAAUUUGUAGACGUGUUGGGAGGGUGUCUCUGCGGCGAUGUAUGGGUUAUGGAAGAGCGUGGAGUGAGAGAAUCUUGGACUAAACGAUUCACCGUUCCUCAACAGGUAGAAAACUUUAUCAACUUCAGGCCGAUAGAGUAUCACUACAAAAAAACUGACCAAAGGCUACUAAAAUUUUUCCACAGCAGCAAAAUAUAG